AUGUAUAUUCCGGUUGAUCGUGAGACAAAAUUCCGUCUCCCUGUUCCCAAUGAGGACGGUGAUCUACGCGAACAUCGCAUUGUCAAAUGUAUCGCGUCGAACAGGGAGAAAAUCUUCAUGGCUAUUGUCACCUCAGAUUGCGUCUACAUCUGGCUCGCUUACCCUCAUCUUCUCCUAUGUACGUUAAGAAUAUCAGCUGGCGAUGUCAUUGAGAGAGGUACCUUGAAUAAAGCGUACUGGAAUUAUGAUUCAUCUCACAUAGUGAUAACGACUUCACGCAAUAAUCUGUUGAUAUAUAAAGUGAUUGUAUCAAGCGAAAACUGCUACAACCUUAUCGAUCCUCCCGAUGUCCAUUUCCGAAGAAGCUCACAGGAGUUGUUUCUUCGUGGACCACGUCCUUCUCUUUCCUUAUUCCCUUCAAUUGUUGUUAACUUAGCUGCACCGGCUUCAUGUUGUGUCCCUCUCCGAGAAGAGCUGUUUGUUUGUUUGCGGAAUGGAUUCAUUCAUCAUAUUUCUUGGGAUGGCCAGGUUCGCGCCGAAUACUCCUUAAAGCUAUCUGGUGUUCCCUUCGCUCACGAUCAGCUGCAGUCGAAACCUGAUUUUGUCACCGAUCAGACGGUUCACGUUAUUGAUGCAGUUUACGCACCUCUUGUUGGCGGAUACUGCAUUGUACUGUCAGAUGGUCGAGCUGCUCUACUUACUUCUUCUGAUUCACGCUUCCAUCCAAAUAGCGUUCUUGGUGUAUGGGCUCUUAACAUGAAGGACGCCACUUGUACAGAUGUGAAUCAUAAGUUCAGGCUACUUACAUUCGGAUGCGCCAACGGCGAUGUAGCCGCAUAUCAUUUGGAUGAUGCUGAUGGUUCACUAGUUCAAACUUUUCGAGUUGCGCUGAAAGUCCAGAAUGGUCCAGAUGUGGCAAAUCGUGUAGGCAACGUCUCCGGAAUGCAAGUGCUUACCAACGGCGGAGCAUUCGUCGCAGUUUGGUCUUCCAAAGCUCCUGCGAGUAACGGAUGCGCAUCAUCAAACUCACAGCUGCCACCUACUCUUGCUGUGUUCACACCAUUCGGCACACAGACAUGGUGUUCUUUGGAGUCUAUUACUGAUGGCAAUGGGACUUCUGUGUCAUACACAUCAGUUGACUGGGGUCCCGAAGGUUACCAUCUGUGGCUCGGGCGGAGUGAUGGACUGGCAAUUCUCCCAAUGGCUAGAUCCGCUGCACUGUGUAAUCCGGUCAUGGAUCACACGAACCACAUCGUGCUUCUGUGCAGUUCUCGGAUUCUCAUAAGUUCAAAGCGGGAGCGAGAAGGCAAUGCAAGUGCUCCGCACGCCGUUUGGUCUACAUUGAAUCCCCCUCAUGAAUAUAUUGCUUCGAACUGGCCCAUACGCUACGCCGCUGUGGAUCAGGACAGUGCUAAAACCCUGGUCGUAGCCGGACUUCGUGGUCUUGCUCAUUGUACUCUUCCUACCGGUAGAUGGAAAAUAUUUGGGAACGAAAGUCAUGAGGCUUCUCUCAUGGUAACUGGUGGUGUUCUGAUAUGGGGAGGGACUGUUGGUACUGCUUGUUACGAUGUAGACUCAACUCGCGAACAAUUGCGGUUUUAUCCCUUGAACAAAAAACUGGACAAUCGCUACGCUUCGAUACACGAAUUAGAAUGUCGUGUGAUCAUGAUGUCGUUGAGAAGUGAUGCAUUGGUGACAUUCGACAUUGAUGGCCGUAUAAUGAUGUAUCAUCUAGAGAAGAAGGGUGACAGCGCCGACGAACCCAUUAAGGUUUUGGUGGAUCAGAUCGCAGAAAUCCGUGUAGGUGAUUUGGUAACUCAUCCCGCGUGCCUGGUUUCAAUUCACCUGACUCAGCUAAGCUUAGAUUCAUCAGCUUCUUCCUUUUUCACUGGCGUGGACACAGUUCUCAUAAAUGUCUCUGGGCGAUUAUUGACGCUGAAUCCACACAAAUCAACGAAAGACGUGGAAAUGGAUGAACCAUUUCAGUUGAAUCAACCGAUCAUGGUGGCUUCUUUUGUCGAACAGAUUUGGCAUUAUCGUGCGGUCACCGAUGAGGAGCCAAAGGGACUACCUCAUCUUAUCAAUGCGUUGUGGAUCAAUUGUGGAUCUCGUGGCAUGAGGGUUUGGCUGCCGCUAAUAUCAGCACGUCGUGGCAUGACUAGUCAGGAUACAUCUUUCAUUUCCAAGAGAAUAAUGCUUCCAUUUGAAUUAGACAUUUGUCCUUUAGUUAUAUGUUCCAACGACUGUCUCGCAGUUGGUGUCGAAAGCUUACCAACAUCAUUUUACAGUGGUUCUAAGCGUGCAGCUGUACUUUAUAGUCUGCAUAGAAAUAGCGAGGUUUUUGCCCAUCACAUUCUACGACAGCUGUUGAAGCGGAAUCUUGGAGUAUUCGCGUUAGAGGUAGCAGCAGCCUGCCGUGGUUUACCUCAUUUUCCGCAUUCUCUAGAAUUGCUGUUGCAUGGAGUACUUGAAGAGGAAGCUACAAGUAGUGAACCAAUACCUGAUCCGUUGCUACCGAGAUGUGUUGCAUUUAUUCAAGAGUUUCCUGAGUUUCUUCGCACUGUUGCCCACUGUGCGCGGAAAACGGAAUUAGCACUGUGGUCGUCUUUGUUCGCAGUCACAGGAUCACCGAAUGAUUUAUUUGAGGUUUGUCUUCGUGAUAGUCAGCUUCAUACUGCGGCAAGCUACUUGAUAGUAUUACAAAGUAUUGAAAGUACUCAGACCAGCCAAGAGCAAGCACUUCGACUUUUGCGAGAAGCUUUAUCUGCUGGAGAGUGGAGCAUAGCUAAGGACAUGGUGCGUUUCACUCGAGCUAUUGGUUUAGAGGACAUGGACAGCCCUGCAAGAACCCCACCACCCUCGAGAACCUCCUCCCGCCGACACGCUGCUUCAAUCAACAGCGUUGCAGAAGCCGAUGACUUAGUAUUUGCUCGAUUUCAAGCUGCGGGACGAAUCUCAAAAGUUCGUCAUUCUCAUGCUGACUCUCGUGAAACGAAUCGGAAGGAUUCUACAGGGAGUAGUGGAAAGAAAGCAGCGGCCAGGGUUGCAUCUAAUGACAAUGCACCGCCUUCUCCCACUCAAGCUAAUCCAGUUGCCGAGAAGAUGAACGCUAUCCUUGAUGGUCACGCAGCACACCUACUGGAAGAGUAUUGCAUUAGGGAUUUAGGCUUCUUCGUGUCCGCACUCGAUCUCGAUAUAUACCAAGUCUUAUCGCCAGCCGUGCGGAAAUCUGUGCACGAGUUCCCACUCGCUCUCACUCGCGUGCAUUCGCAGUUUUCUUGGCCGUAUCCUGUAGCUAGUAAAAAGAUGGUGGAUCAGCUAGAGAAGAGACUUGGUAGUAUGCGAUGCAGCCGGAGUGCCAUAUCGCUGAACGGCCCUGUCCUGACUGAACUUACGAAAUCAUCUAAAGACAGUGACAUUACCCCUACAGCCACAGUCGGGUCACAAGAGAAAAGUGACUUAAGAGCCGGUAGCAGUUCUCCAUCUGGCGAUUCCACAACAAUAGAAUUUGCACAUCUCCUUCCUGUUCGAGAGAACGGUAAUCACAUUGAAGCGUGUUCCUCUACUCUGGGAUCACCUGGUAGCAGCAUGACGCAAUUUUUUGACACUCCUGAUGGCAGAGGUGCAAAUACAAGUGAUUGGCAAGGAGUGACUCUUCUUGUUGGAGAGCAUUCUAGUGGAGGUUCAGCGGAUAGUCUUGCACAAAUGUCGCAGUUGAUUUCAUGGCUCUCCAACGCUGGCUGCCUGGACUGGGUUUUCAUAUUGUGUGUUGUUUCGCGGGAUAUCGUGCGGUUGCGUGCAGAAAUUAAUGUGGAGUCGGUUAAAAAAGUGGGAACUGAAGCAUUCAAACACAUGAUGUGCGGAUGUGGAGAACUACUGGAGUGGGCCACACAAAACUGUCUUGGUUACGUCUCAAUUCUUCGAGUGUUUGCUGCUCACCUCGAAAUUGUGGCAGAAGCUGUCGGAUUAUCUCGUAAGCACUUUACCAAAAGAACAUCUUCACAGGACGGAGGACUUCAUACUAAUAAUAAAAGCCCUCCUUUCAAAUUGGCCUCACCACCAUCGGAGAAUUCACUUAGAGCAUCUCGCACCAUGGCAGGCGGUCCUAAAUUGAGGGAGACCUUUGGAAUACCUGGUCGAAGAGGUCGAGAACGUACGGUGGGUACGCCUGCUUGCUGUAUCGAAGGAGUUUGCCGGUUGGAUUUCCACUAUUUUAUCAAAUAUUGCAUGGCUGAAACUCCACAGCUGGUGAAAGGAAGGGCCGAUGUGAAACUUAAAAAUGCUACGAUGGUGGGGGUGGAAGUUAAGGAAUCCAAGGUAACCAAUAUACAAGCUUAUUCUCUGUUAAUAGGCCAUUUGUUUGUCGGGGACAUUAUUGUUGCGGUUAAUGGAGUAAAAAUAACUAACACUGAUGAAUUUAUAAAAGCACUCAAUUCUAAACUCCCUGGUGUUGUUGCAAUUGAAUAUCUUCGCGACGAGAUGUGUACAUGCGAUGUGAAACCGCUCCCUGCAAUUAAACCGGGCUGUGAACUAUUUGAAGUCACCAUAACGUGGAGGUCUGGUGGGACUCCAAUUGGUUUGCUUAUCCACAGAAACUUUUCCGGAAGAGUCGUUGUUGCUAUGGUUGAGAGUGGAUGCACUGCAUCGAAAGUCGUUAAACCAGGAGAUGUACUCGUAAAGGUGAACGAUAAGGAGGUGAAUGACAGGGAUGUUGCUAGAAAGCUUAUUAUGGAAAGCAUUAACUCAUCGAAACGAGUUUCACUCACUCUGGAACGCCUCACUUUCUUAACCGCAGGAACACCUCCGCUGCCGUCACCUCGUCAGCAGGGCAGCUCAGUACCUUCUUCCAAAGUUCCGGACGCGAGUGGAUUGAAGUCGCCCAUAAGAAGAGGUUCUCCGAACAAUUUCAAACUAUCAGCACCGCCAAUAAAUACAAAGGUGGAUGUUGCCCUACCUGCUGACGUACUCGCUAUAUUAGAAGCAAAUAAGAAUUUUUUUAUGGUCCAAUGCACUUUACCACCAUGUCUGAAGAAAAGUAAAGGGAGUGUCUCCACAGCUCAUCUCGAAGUUGCGCCGGUACCGCACACCGAAACAAGCAUCCCUUACGAUCCUUCACCGAAACCUUUAAAGGUGACUCCGAAGAGGGAGGGACCCAAAGACGGACGAGCUACUAUGCGAAUCCGUACGCGUUCUUUCCGUCAGCUUGCGGAAGAGGCGGACUCAGCAGCCCAUUAG